CGUCUCGCUCCCUAUUGGUUUGCUACUUUGUCACCGACAGUAAGUCCAUUUUUUUCCCGCAGGGAAUGUUGUACCGUACAGUUCAUAACAGGACAGCUGAUACAUACAAAGCGGGAAUAUUCUGGGAAUUCAUGAACCAAUAUUGGAUCAUAUGAAGCCCAGCAGGAUGGACGUUGAGACUCUGAGUAGAGGAGAGCUGCUAAUGCUGCUGAGCAUACUGGAGGGAGAGCUGGAAGCUCAGGACAUUGUCAUACACACUCUCAGGGCGCAGCAGCGAGACACGUUUGUGCAGGAGCGGUAUGGGCGCUAUGACCUCAGCGACCCCUUCAUGGCUCUUCAGAGAGACAGCGAGGCCAUGGAGGGUCACGAGCAGGGUCAGACUCAGACUCGGGGUCAUGGUGGGAGAAGCCAAGUCACUCCAAACCCACUAGCUGUCCUUAAGCUGGUGAUGAGCCACUGCAAGCGCAUGCAAGAGAAGAUGAUGGCACAGCUAGCGGCAGCCGAGAGCAGACACAAACGGGUUAUUGCUGACCUGGAGGAAGAGAAACGGCGCCAUGCUCAAGACACAGCUGAGGGUGAUGAUGUCACAUACAUGCUGGAGAAGGAGAGAGAGCGAUUACUACAGCAGUUGGAGCUGGAGAGAGCCCGAGCCGAGCGCCUGGAGCGUGAAUGUCACUCUCUUUCUGCCCAGGUGGAGGAGAAUCAGGCACAACAGCAGCAGCUCUCUUCUAACCUGGCUAAGGAAUGCCAGCGUGCCAGUGCCCAAGCCCAGGAAGAGAGCGAGCGUGUUGCCCAGCUGUGCAGGCAGCUGGAGCAAGAACACAGAGCUACGCAAAAUCUACAAGGAGAGCUGGAGCUGGAGAAAACACGUGUACUGCAAACGGAGGCCAGAAUCGAGCACCAGCUGGCAGAGUUUGACACGGAGCGCGAGCAGAUCAGAGCGAAGCUGCUCAAGGAGGAAAGCUACAACAGAGAGCUGCAGGAGCUGAUCGAGUGCCUCAGGAAUGAGCUGGAGGAUGUGAAGGACAAGGAGAAAAGAUGGAGGGAGAAAGCAGAGGAGGAAAAGAAAGCAGCUGAAAAGCAGCCUAAAAUAGUGUCUAAUUCUGCAUCCUGCCAGACUGAGCCAGAUGGAAAAGUGAUCAUCACCGAAAAAGCUCAACGGCUGAGACUUAAUGGGCAUCAACUGCGUAAAGAGAGCGAGUCUUCAGAAGAGAAAAGCACAGAAAAUGGAGGAGUGGAAAAUGGAGCAGCUCUGAGCUCACCUGUGCAUGCCCUCCAGUCUCUCUCUCCCAGCAGCACGGCCUGCUCAUCACUCUCGUCCUCACCAUGCUCCUCCCCCGUCCUGGCCAAGCGCCUGGCUUCUUUGGGAAGCUGCAGCCCUACAUACUCUUCUUCCUACCAGUCAAGCGUGAACCAGCGUUUCCAUGCUGCCAGGCACAAAUUUCAGCAGGCUGAUCAAGGUGCAGCAAUGCCCCUGUCACCUCGUGAGCUUUCACCCACCUCCACACCAGUGCCCCCUCUAUCCGAGAACGCCGCUGCCAAGCAGAUGGCUCGCAACACUGUCACUCAGGUGCUGUCUCGCUUCACUAGCCAACAAGCAACAGCCAAAACACCUGCUCCUAACAGCUCACCGUUUGGCACUGAUUACCGUACGCUUGCAACAGCAUCCUCACCCACCAGCAAAGUGUCAUGCCCUCUGUCACCUGGCAUCCGCUCACCCAUAGUCCCUCGGGGGGAGAGAAGCUUUACAUCUCCUGUAACCCAGAAGAAACCUGGCAUGAACCAGAAUCCAAGCUCACCUGUAUCUGCAUCUUCACCUCGCUCUUCUCACUUCUCAGAGCUCUCAAAUAGCUGCGGCAUCAGCAGCACGCAGGAGGGCACUAAAGAGCUCGACCUGCUCAUGUCCAAAUCCAGCUAACCACUAAAGACAGACGAGGCUUCACCACUUCUUCACAAAGUCCUAUCACUAGGCGUGAUAGAAAACUGAUGUUCUGGAUAUCAUGAUUGUCACUUGAAGUAGUUGUAAGCAAAAAUAAAAAAGGCAAUGAUAACAGAGAAAACGACUCAACACGUACCAAACCUGCAGAUAAACUAAAUAAACAAUAAUCGAUUUUUUUCUUUUCA